AUGAUCAUUUGGAGAGCCGCGCACAGCUGCUUCAGGACGAGCACGAUGCCCUGGGCCAUGAGGGCCACCAGGAGGUAUUCGGACGGCGCGGCGGAGAUGCGCGGGUGGUUGGAGCAGCUACACUGGUCUCAGAUUCCGAAACAACUGUAUCGGGCGCAGUACGCGCGGUCCAGUGGCCCCGGCGGCCAGAACGUCAACAAGGUCAGCACGAAGUGCACGCUGACGGUUGAGGGGUUCUCGAAGUGCGCGUGGUUUCCGGCGCUAGUGCGGGAGCAGGCGGUGCGGCGGCUGCGGUAUUACGCGCGGGCGCAGGAUGCAGUGGUGGUGCAGUGCGACCAGUGGCGAUCGCGCGAGCGCAACCGCGAGGAGUGUCUGCGGCGGCUAGUGCGCGAGUUGAAGGCGGUGGUGCAUGUGGCUGCGGCGCCGGACCCAGUGGCCGAGGCACGGCACGCACGGCUGCACGCGGCGGCAGACCGGCAUCGCCUGCACGGUAAACGGCGGCAGGGCGAACGUAAGCGGCUGCGUGGGCGCGUGGAAUACUAG